UAUCGGCCUGGUUCAGAACGAGGGGAGCUUUGGGGUGGAUGACUCAGGUUGAAAUCAAGACUUACGCCUGGAUCAGGAAAGAGAAAACCGCCUCGGUGGUUAAGACCUUUGUUUUUCAGGGUACACUUUGAACCUUGGUACCCGCUGUGCUUCUAAAUAGAAGGACGGACUACUUGCAUUAUGGUGUACUGGAGGAGUGCUUUUACUGUAGCGGUUCUCUGCGGCUUUGUCGCGGCCGGUCCGGACAGCAGGAGAGCCCCAGUGUUCUUGGAUAAGGAGGAUGCCAGUGCAGUCAUAUCCAGACAGAAGAGAGCUAAUGAAGGCAAUGAGGAGUCACUUCCGGCUAACCUGGAGAGGGAGUGUGUUGAGGAAGUGUGUAACUAUGAAGAGGCCAGGGAAGUGUUUCAGGAUGCCUACCGUACAGAUAUUUUUUGGUCAGUCUACGUAGAUGGAGACCAGUGUGCUGGUCAGCCAUGCAAAAACGGGGCCAUGUGUUCAGACAGUGUCGGUGGAUAUGACUGUAUCUGUAAGAGCGGCUACUCUGGAGUCCACUGUGAAACAGAUCAGACAGUGUGUGUGGUGGAUAAGACUAAAGGCUGUAGUCAGUUCUGUAAACCAGGGUACCAAUCAUAUGAGUGCUCGUGUGCACGAGGCUGGAAGCUAAGCGGCAAGGAGAAAUGUGUCCCAGCAGUGUCUCAACCCUGUGGGCAGGUGAGCAGCUCCAUUCAGUGGGAGAGCAGACAGUCAUCCAACAUCAGAAAUGACUAUGACGGAUUGAACUGUAUGACUGGCGAGUGCCCCUGGCAGGCACUGUUGAAGAGCCCAGCAUCUGGUUCCUUCUGCAAUGGUGUCAUCCUGAAAGAGAAUCUGAUUCUGACCACCGCUUACUGUGCCUCCAAACACAAUGACAUCCAGGUGGUUGUUGGAACACGUAGGGUCACAUAUGAAGUGGGAGAACAGACCCUGUCUGUGAAGAAGGUCCAUGUUCACCCUCUCUUUGUGGCGGACAGUCCAGAGAAUGACUUGGCACUGGUGGAGCUUCAGACUAGUAUCAAUAUUAAGAACAGCGUCAGAGCAGCCUGCCUACCGGAGCGAGACUUCGCAGACAGUGUUCUCUUGACGGGAGAGUGGAUGGGGAUGGUAACAGGGUGGAAGGACGUUCCCGACGCCACUGAACUUCAGGGGGAUCUCAGACUAAACCAUCUGUCUUACAAGAGUUUCUCUGACUGCAAGCAACAGCACCCUGGUCUGAUGACCAAUAAGAUGAUAUGCACCAUGCCACGGCCCAAAGCAGACUGUUUCUUUAGCUCUGGCAGUCCUGUUCUGACAGUGUACCGUGACGUGUUCUUCCUGACGGGUGUGGUCAGCAGAGUUCCGGGGAUGGAGUGUAACAAAGGAUACAUUCUACAGAAAGUCUCUCGAUUUCUCCCCUGGAUCAACUCAGUUCUGAACACUGCUUAGAAAGCACAGAGAUAAAAAAGCAGUGUGUUCCCUGCUUGUUUGUUUUUGUCCUUCUCUCAUUCCCAAUCUUUAACGUUAAUCCUUUAAUCUAGACCUUGGAUCAGUGUUAAAAAGAACAGGAGGAGGAGGUAAACUGAUGUGCUAAUUUAGUAUUUCAGUAUUUUUAUGUAUACAGUAUUAGAUUUUUUCCACAAGGGGGCACACUUGUCCUAACUACACUCUACUAGCAGAGGCGCAUACGCAGUUGAUACAUAGACACUAGCAAAGAGCCAGAGAAAAGCACAUAGUUGGCAUGAAUUUGUGUGAUAGUCUGAACCAACAGUGCUCUGAGUAGAGAUUUAACAGCCCUGCUCACAUCAUUAUAAGUGUCUGUUCAUUCCUUUACACUGAGUGUGUAAUUGGACAUAAUGUUGGAUCAGAUGAGUCCUAAUUAAAUCUCAAAGGUCUGUUAAACUGGG